CAUAUUCCUUUCUCAGGCCAAUUAGAACCCAGCUUUCAGUCACCGUAGAGUAAGCAUCAGCUCUCCCUUGCUCGAAAAUCUUACACAAAUUUUCCACCAUUCUCUCAAACUAGCCUUCUUUCAAGCGUUAUUUUCUCUCUCUAGACAAACAUGGCGGCGGCCUUAAACGGAGUGAAGUUGGGGACGACAUCGCAGGCGUACAUGGAGAGCAAGGCAGUGAACGACACCAGGGCUCUUUUAUCCGACUUGUGCCGCCAUUUCUACACUCUCGGAUGGGUUUCAGGGACUGGUGGAAGCAUCACAAUCAAGGUCCACGAUGACUCCAUUCCUAAGCCCCAACAGCUUAUCGUCAUGUCUCCUUCUGGUGUUCAGAAAGAAAGAAUGGUACCUGAAGACAUGUAUAUAAUAUCUCCCAAUGGAUCGGUCUUGUCUGCUCCAUCUCCAAAGCCAUACCCACAUAAGCCUCCCAAAUGUUCUGAUUGUGGUCCACUUUUUAUGAAGAAAGCCAAGAGGCGAUUGAUAUUGCGGGAAAAGAGAUCAAGGAAUCUCAAGUACGAGGCAUAUGAAAUGCGUGAUGCUGGAGCUGUUAUUCAUAGCCAUGGGAUGGAGUCUUGUCUAGUCACAAUGAUCAAUCCACAAGCAAAGGAAUUUAGAAUCAGUCAUAUGGAGAUGAUCAAAGGAAUAAAAGGGCAUGGUUAUAAUGAUGAACUUGUGGUACCCAUUAUAGAGAACACCGCCUACGAAUAUGAGCUCACAGAAUCUCUUGCCAAAGCUAUUGAAGCCUACCCGAAAACAACAGCUGUGCUUGUUCGCAACCAUGGCAUCUAUAUAUGGGGAGACUCAUGGAUCAGUGCCAAGACUCAGGCUGAAUGUUAUCAUUAUCUGUUUGAUGCUGCAAUCAAACUUCACCAGAUGGGUCUGGAUUGGUCUUCCCUAAAUCAUGGUAAAGGAAUUGUAGGAAGUGGUGGGAACAGAAACAUUUCUGUCAAGGCAGGGACUGCAGGUUCAAACAAUGACUUUGAGCCAUUACGACGAUGCAUUGUUCUUGAUAUUGAGGGAACCACUACUCCAAUAUCAUUUGUCAGUGAUGUUCUUUUUCCAUAUGCCUGUGAUAAUGUUGGCAGACAUUUGUCUGCAACAUAUGACACUGCAGAAACCAAGGAGGACAUAGAGUUGCUGCGCUCGCAAGUUCAAGAUGACUUAGAAAAAGGUGUUAGUGGUGCUGUUCCCAUCCCCUCUUACGAUGCAGGUAAAGAGAAGGUUAUUGCAGCUUUGGUUGCUAAUGUGGAAGGUAUGAUAAAGGCUGAUCGGAAGAUCACUGCAUUGAAACAAUUGCAAGGUCAUAUAUGGCGAACUGGAUAUGAAAAUAAUGAACUGGAGGGUGUAGUUUUUGAAGAUGUACCUACAGCUCUUGCUAGAUGGCAUGAUUCUGGGAUAAAGACAUACAUUUACUCAAGUGGUAGCAGGCUGGCACAAAGGCUUAUAUUUGGAAAGACAAACCAUGGGGAUCUAAGGAAAUAUUUGUCUGGAUUUUUUGACACUACAGUGGGGAACAAAAGAGAGACACGAAGUUAUAUUGAAAUUACAGAAUCUCUAGGGGUCGAUAAGCCAUCAGAGAUUUUAUUCGUAACAGAUGUCUCACAAGAAGCAGUGGCAGCAAAGGCUGCAGGAUUGGAGGUGAUUAUUUCUAUCAGACCAGGGAAUGGGCCUCUCCCAGAGAAUCAUGGCUUCAAGACAGUCAAUUCCUUCUUGGAAAUUUGAGAGCCGAUUCAUGGUCCUGCUUAAGAAAUAAAAGGCAUAUGUACUAAUUAUUUAGAUAAAUAUUACAAUAUGCCUGUAAACGAAAAUUACUUGGUUGUUAAAUCACUCAAGUAUAAUAUUUGUGCCAUUUCAUGAGUA